AUUAUUCAUCCUUUCUGAUCCUCUCUGAGCACCUUCUCUGAGCUAUCUCUGUCUCUCUGAACACUGAACACUCUUGAUACUAUGACUUCCUGCAGCAGACAGUUCACCUCUUCCAGCUCCAUGAAGGGCUCUUACGGUCUUGGAGGGGGCUCCAGCCGUGUCUCCUUGCUCGGUGGGGGCUCCUGCAGGGCUCCUAGUGCCUAUGGGGGCUCAGGCUUUGGGGGCAUGUCAGUGACAACCUCCCGCUUCUCCUCUGGUGGGGCCUGUGGACUGGGAGGAGGCUAUGGUGGGGGCUUCAGCAGCAGCAGCAGCUUUGGAGGGGCCCUAGGCAGUGGCUUUGGUGGAGGCUACGGAAGUGGAGCUGGUUUUGGUGGGGGCUUUGGUGGUGGUUUUGGUGGUGGCUAUGGUGGUGGCUAUGGUGGUAUGGAUGGCCUCCUGGCUGGUGGGGAGAAGGUGACCAUGCAGAACCUCAAUGACCGCCUGGCCAGCUACCUGGACAAGGUGAGGGCCCUGGAGGAGGCCAACACUGACCUGGAGGUGAAGAUCCGGGACUGGUACCAGAGGCAGAGGCCAACUGAGGCCAAGGACUACAGCCCCUACUACAGGACCAUUGAGGAUCUCAAGAACAAGAUCUUAACAGCUACAACUGAGAAUGCCCAGACUGUGCUGCAGAUAGACAAUGCUAGACUGGCUGCUGAUGACUUCAGAAACAAAUAUGAGCAUGAGCUGGCCCUGAGACAGACUGUGGAGGCUGACAUCAAUGGCCUGCGCAGGGUACUGGAUGAGUUGACCCUGGCCAGGACUGACCUGGAAAUGCAGAUUGAGAACUUGAAAGAGGAAUUGGUUUACCUGAAGAAGAACCAUGAGGAGGAGAUGAACGCUCUUCGGGGUCACACCGGUGGUGAUGUCUCCGUGGAGAUGGAUGCUGCCCCUGGUAUCAACCUCAGCCAAGUGCUGUCUGACAUGCGUGACCAGUAUGAGCAAAUAGCUGAGAAGAACCGCAGAGAUGCUGAGGCCUGGUUCCUGAGCAAGACAGAGGAGCUCAACCGGGAAGUAGCCUCCAACAGCGAACUGGUCCAGAGCAGCAAGACCGAGAUCUCUGAGCUGCGGCGAACCCUUCAGACACUGGAGAUCGACCUACAGUCCCAGCUCAGCAUGAAAGCCUCCUUGGAAAACAACCUGGAAGAAACCAAAGGCCGCUACUGUCUACAGCUGUCCCAGAUCCAGGAGCUCAUUGGCCAAGUGGAGGAGCAGCUGGCUCAGCUCCGCUGUGAGAUGGAACAGCAGAACCAGGAGUACAAGGUCCUCCUGGACGUGAAGACCCGUCUGGAGCAGGAGAUCGCCACCUACCGCCGCCUGCUGGAGGGAGAGGAUGCCCAUAUUUCUACUCAGUAUACAUCUGGCCAGUCCUCAUACACUUUUCAGGAAGGGCACUCUGGCCGCCAGACCCGUCCCAUUCUCAAGGAGCAGACUGUGACCACCACCCACAGCCAAAGCCAGCACUCUAAGCACUGACCUGUGCACUCUGCCACAGCUGGACUGCAAGCCUAGUCUCCUGUCCUUCCUCCUGGCUCAGUCAGCCAUUCUUACCUUCUGAUCUGAUGGUGGAGAGGGGCUGGCCUCCAGGGCUUAUGGGCCUGGGGACCUCUGCUGCUUUAUUGCAUUCCCACUUUAAUCUCUUUUCCCUGGAGUACAACCCAGUCCCUUUCUCUUAUGGGUGUCUAAUAAAGCUGGCUUUCUGGUUAUUGCAAACUUCA